AUGGUUAUUCCUGACCAUACCAAGAUUGCGCCUGUUUCGUCACUUAUUAAUAAAUUUGAACAAAAUCCGGACGAAGCGUCUACUCAAACAAAUUCUCGUGCUCGUAGUCCUAUUCCUGGAAAGAUAGUUCAUAAUUAUGAAUUAAAAACGGCUGAAGAGACUAGCAUUACGACUACGACCGAGAAAAAAACUGAACUAAAAGAAGAACCAACUGUCGAACCUGUUCAAACAAGUGAAACUGCUGUUGUACCUGAAACUCUUAAUGGUGAAGAUAAAGUUAACGAAGAAAAGAGUCAAGAGGUGGAAGUACCUGCUAUUAUAGAAGAUAAACAAGAAUUAAAAGAAGAAAAUGAGGAGGAACAACAUAAUGUAGAAACUGCUGUAACGGAUAAUGAUGCCAAGGCUGCUACAGAUAAUGAUGCCAAGGUUGCUACGGAUAAUGAUGCCAAAACUACUACUACUCCAACAAAUUCCGCUUCUGAAAAGAAUGCAAAGAAAGUUGGUACGACCACGAAAAAGACUAUCAGUCCUACUAAAACUUCUAUUCCUGUUAAACCUGGAACAAAGAAAACGACAUCAUCAGUUCAUACUUCACCCGAUAAAAGUAAAUUAUCAACCGGUAAUAGUUCAUCAACUGCUCGUUCCAAGUCUCCAGGAAGAACAACAACCACUUCGGCCGUCAAGGCUAAAUCUUCCACCACUACAACUCCCAAAUCAAUAAAACCUACACCAACUAAAAAUCCUAUCACUGAGAAACCUAAAACAACUUCAACUGUAACAAAAUCAACAGUCACAAAACCUGCUGCUAAGGCUGCUGUUUCUAAAACUGCUCCUACCACUGUCAAUACUUCGGCUGCUGAGAAAAAAACAUCUGUUACUAAAGUUCCUGGAAAAGUUUCAAAGACUACCACUCCAGCUUCUAAAACGACUAAAAAACCACCAACUACAGAUAAGAAAGUUACUAAUGAAAAAAAAGCAGUUUCUUCUAACAAUUCAGAAAAAAAAGAUCAGAAAGAAGAAAAUAAAAAGGAGGAGGAAACUAUGCACACAGAAGAAGCUAUUCACACAGAAGAAACUACUCAAUCAGAAGAAACUAUUCAAUCAGAAGGUGCUACUCAAUCAGAGAGUGCUACUCAAUCAGAUGGUGUUACUCAAUCCGAAGAAGUUGUACAAUCAGAGGAAACUGAUGUUAAAUCCGAAUGUUCAAAAGACAAUGAGAUCGUUGAAGAACAUGAAUCAAACGAACAAUUUGAAGAAGUUCACGAGAAAGGAUCUUCAGAAAAGGAGUUCCAUGAAAAUCAGAAUGAAAUUUCAGUUACUGAGUCUCAUGAUGAAGUUUUGGUUACCGAGUCAGAAGACAAAUCUCACGUUGAAGCUAUAGAAGAGACUCAUGAAAAUGGUAUCAAAGAUCAUGAAGAGUCGGUAGCUGAAACUGACCAAGUUACUGAAUCUCAAACAGAAUCUAAUGAGAAAUUUAACGAUUUAACGACCACGGAAUCUCUUUCGCAACCAAAAUAUGUAGAUGAUAUUAUUGAAGUCACGACUGUUGAAACUUCUGAAAUGCAGAAAGAACCAUAA